UGACCGGCGCGCGCGGGGCCGUGGUCGUUGCUCCCUGACCGACCUCGGCCGCCUCCAUGAAGCAGAAAAGCAAGGGGCGGUGGAGUUGGGCCGCCGCGCCCUGGUGCUCGCCGCGCUGCUCUUUGACCUCGCCAGGUGUGAAGAAGAUGCGCAGCUCCACGCAGCAGGACCCGCGCCGCCGGGACCCGCAGGACGACGUGUACCUGGACAUCACCGAUCGCCUUCGUUUUGCCAUUCUCUACAGCAGACCGAAGAGUGCAUCAAACGUACAUUAUUUCAGCAUAGAUAAUGAACUCGAAUAUGAGAACUUCUCCGAAGACUUCGGACCACUCAAUCUGGCAAUGGUUUACAGAUAUUGUUGCAAGAUAAAUAAGAAAUUAAAGUCCAUUACAAUGUUAAGGAAGAAAAUUGUUCAUUUUACUGGCUCUGAUCAGAGAAAGCAAGCAAAUGCUGCCUUCCUUGUUGGAUGCUACAUGGUUAUAUAUUUGGGGAGAACCCCAGAAGCAGCAUAUAGAAUAUUAAUCUUUGGAGAUACACCCUAUAUUCCUUUCAGAGAUGCUGCCUAUGGAAGCUGCAAUUUCUACAUUACACUUCUUGACUGUUUUCACGCAGUAAAGAAGGCAAUGCAGUAUGGGUUCCUUAAUUUCAACUCAUUUAACCUUGAUGAAUAUGAACACUAUGAAAAAGCAGAAAACGGAGAUUUAAAUUGGAUAAUACCAGACCGAUUUAUUGCCUUCUGUGGACCUCAUUCAAGAGCCAGACUUGAAAGUGGUUACCACCAACAUUCUCCGGAGACUUAUAUUCAAUAUUUUAAGAAUCACAAUGUUACUACCAUUAUUCGUCUGAAUAAAAGGAUGUAUGAUGCCAAACGCUUUACGGAUGCUGGCUUCGAUCACCAUGAUCUUUUCUUUGCGGAUGGCAGCACCCCUACUGAUGCCAUUGUCAAAAGAUUUCUGGAUAUCUGUGAAAAUGCUGAGGGUGCCAUUGCAGUACAUUGUAAAGCUGGCCUUGGUCGCACGGGCACUCUGAUAGCCUGCUACAUCAUGAAGCAUUACAGGAUGACAGCAGCCGAGACCAUUGGGUGGGUAAGGAUCUGCAGACCUGGCUUGGUGAUUGGGCCUCAGCAGCAGUUUUUGGUGAUGAAGCAAACAAGCCUCUGGCUGGAAGGGGACUAUUUUCGUCAGAAGUUAAAGGGGCAGGAGAAUGGACAAUACAGAGCAGCCUUCUCCAAACUUCUCUCUGGUGUUGAUGACAUUUCCAUAAAUGGGGUCGAGAAUCAAGACCAGCAAGAACCCAACCCUUACAGUGAUGACGACGAAAUCAAUGGAGUGACACAAGGUGAUAGACGUCGGGCCCUGAAAAGGCGAAGACAAUCCAAAACAAGCGAUAUUCUUCUCCCAUCUCCCCUGGCUGUGCUGACCUCUACACUGUGCAGUGUUGUCAUCUGGUGGAUUGUUUGUGACUACAUUCUUCCCAUCCUGCUAUUCUGACUCGAAGAUUUCAGAACAUAGUAGCCAUCAGGACCCCCUGACACAUAGCUGCUUCUCUCCAUUUCAAGGACUAAAACGGUUUUGCAUUAAGUAAAAACCUGUGACCAGAACUGAAGGAAGACUCUAGGAACUGAAAACUGCAACAGAAAUUAGCACAAUUUGAAAACAAAACAAAAUUGCAAAAGACUUAGUUGCUUUCCACCUAAGAAGCUAAUCAAUGGAGAAAAUGUCCACUGGGGUUUCAGUAAUGAACUUUUGAGUUUGGGUGCAAGCAAAUAUACCGAGACCAGCUCAGUCAGGGAGACCCUAACCCAGUGGCGCUAGAGGAAUUAAAGACACACACACAGAAAUACAGAGGUGUAAAGUGGGAAAUCAGGGGUCUCACAGCCUUCAGAGCUGAGAGCCCCGAACAGAGAUUUACCCACAUAUUGAUGAACAGCAAACCAGUCAUUAGCAUUGUUUCUAUAGAUAUUAAAUUAACUAAAAGUAUCCCUUAUGGGAAACGAAGGGAUGGGCCGAAUUAAAGGCAUAGGUUGGGCUAGUUAACUGCGGCAGGAGCACGUCCUUAAGGCACAGAUCGCUCAUGCUAUUGUUUGUGGCUUAAGAAUGCCUUUAAGCAGUUUUCCACUCUGGGCUGGGUGGGCCAGGUGUUCCUUGCCCUCAUUCGAGUAAACCCACACCCUUCCAGCGUGGGCAUUAGGGCCAUUAUGAACAUGUUACAGUGCUGCAGAUAUUUUGUUUAUGGCCAGUUUUGGGGCCAGUUUAUGGCUGGAUUUUGGGGGGCUUGCUCCCAAAAAGAAUGACUCAAAGAAAGGCCCAGCUCUCAAGCUGAACGACAAAAAUGCUGUUGUAAAUUUAGUCUCAGGUGUAAAUACCCAAGCCCUCCGGUACCCAGGGAGCUGGCUGGUCUGUGGUGCAUGUGUGUCCUUGUGAUGGCAAGCAUUGUAGCUGCUGGCCUUCAGAAGAAUUGAGGAUCUGAUGGAGGUUUUUUAUGUAUUUAUUUUCUGUUCAGCUUGCAACCCUGUGUCAAAAUUGGUAAAGAUACAAAAGGCAUUACUGAAAUGGUACUUUCUGUAAUUUGAUACUAUUUGGUUUUAUCAUCUUCACUUGACUGUUUGUAAUACUGUUGCAAUAUUAACUCUGAUAAGUACCCAAGCUGCUUGUCUUCCACCAAAGAGUGCUUUAUUAACAAGAAUCUGUGAAAACCACAUUUAAACACUGUUGCAUGUUGUAAUACCAGGUGAUACCUUGGUAACCUAAAACUUGCAAGAGAAUAUUAAUGGUAGCUUUAGAAGACUCAGGAGGAGAAACUGACUUCAGAGUUGGAAGAUGUUGCAAGUCAUUCCUUUUUCUGUCCUUUAGGGACUGAAGAACUGGGAGGUUGCCCAUUGUUUGGUUGCCAGUCAUACAAAUUAAAAUCAUAUUUCCUUCCAUG